CCGAAAGGUGUUGCUGGAAGGGAAGUUUGAAGAAGGUCGCCGGGUGCCUGGGCGCUCCGGCAGCAUCAUGGCGGAGCAGGGAGAGUCACCAGUUCACGUCCAGCAGCCCCAGCCGGCACCCGCGCCCUCCGCCCCGGCCAUCAGCUGGCCCAUCUGCCGAGACGCCUACGAGCUGCAGGAGGUUAUCGGUAGCGGUGCUACAGCAGUUGUCCAGGCAGCGCUAUGCAAACCCAGACAAGAACGUGUAGCAAUAAAGAGGAUCAACUUAGAAAAAUGCCAAACCAGUAUGGAUGAAUUACUUAAAGAAAUUCAAGCAAUGAGUCAGUGCAAUCAUCCCAAUGUGGUGACCUAUUACACGUCUUUUGUGGUGAAGGAUGAACUUUGGCUGGUUAUGAAGCUGUUAAGUGGAGGUUCAAUGCUAGAUAUAAUAAAGUACAUUGUCAACAGAGGAGAACAUAAAAAUGGUGUCCUUGAAGAACCCAUAAUAGCAACAAUUCUUAAAGAAGUUUUGGAGGGUUUAGAUUAUCUACACAGAAAUGGUCAAAUUCACAGAGAUUUGAAGGCUGGCAACAUUCUUCUGGGUGAAGAUGGCUCUGUACAAAUAGCAGAUUUUGGUGUUAGUGCGUUUUUAGCAACGGGAGGUGAUGUUACUCGUAACAAAGUAAGGAAAACAUUUGUUGGUACUCCAUGUUGGAUGGCCCCUGAAGUGAUGGAGCAGGUGCGAGGUUACGACUUCAAGGCUGAUAUGUGGAGUUUUGGGAUAACAGCCAUUGAGUUAGCAACAGGAGCAGCACCUUAUCACAAAUACCCUCCUAUGAAAGUGUUAAUGCUGACACUUCAAAAUGACCCUCCCACUUUAGAAACAGGUGUAGAGGACAAGGAAAUGAUGAAAAAGUAUGGCAAAUCCUUUAGAAAACUAAUUUCAUUAUGCCUUCAAAAAGAUCCUUCCAAAAGGCCCACAGCAGCAGAACUUUUAAAAUGCAAAUUUUUCCAGAAAGCCAAGAACAGAGAAUACCUGAUUGAAAAGCUUCUCACUAGAACACCUAAUAUAGCACAAAGAGCAAAAAAGGUCAGACGAGUACCAGGUUCCAGUGGGCACCUUCAUAAAACAGAAGAUGGAGACUGGGAAUGGAGUGAUGAUGAAAUGGAUGAGAAGAGUGAGGAAGGCAAAGCUGCUGUUUCUCAGGAAAAGUCACGAAGAGUGAAAGAAGAGGAAAACACAGAGUCUCAACCUGCUGUUAGUGAUGAAUAUAGUGAUGUUCCUUGUGCAGUGAACCUUGUCUUAAGAUUAAGGAACUCCAGGAAAGAGCUUAAUGACAUACGGUUUGAGUUUACUCCAGGCAGAGACACAGCAGAUGGCGUUUCUCAGGAGCUGUUCUCUGCAGGCCUGGUUGAUGGCCAUGAUGUAGUUAUAGUUGCUGCUAACUUACAGAAGAUAGUAGAUGAUCCAAAGACCUUGAAAACAUUGACUUUUAAAUUGAUCCAGCUGUCCACACUUCGGGAAGAAGGCUGCUUUAAUACCCAAAUAGUCUUGGCAACACUCAAGGAAACACAAAAUUAUUGCUCAGUGCAAUUUGCAUUUUAUGUAAGGAUUUUUCAUAUGAAAAAAAAGGAGGAAAAAAAAUUAAUGAAAGAAUGCAUUCAGUUCCUAAACAGUGAAUUGCAAAUACUGAGAGUUUAUAUAGUAGUUGUACUUCUGUUAAGCACAAAGCAUAAAGCUAAUAGGUUCCAGGUGAAUUAGAUCUUAGACAAUAUUUAUUGACAAGGCAUUAAAAAAAUCUGUCUGCAUCUAGAUAUGUUACUUAUCAUGGCUUUGAGAAGAUUGAUAGCUAGCUAGAGUGUAAAAUUAUGUUAGUAUUCUCUCUUUAUCAUGAUAUUUUAAUUGUAAAAUUAAAACUGAAUUUAUUUACUAAGUUACCAAUACAAAAACCAUUGUGAUAUCCUAAGAGAAACUAAUGGUGAUGAUCUCAGAUCUUUAUCUUGCUGCCUCAGUGGAAUAAUACCUGUGAAAUUCUCUCUCUGAAGAGACAACUCCAGUUCUUUAAGUCUGAUCAAAGUAAAUUUGAAGGAGUAGCCUCAUGCAAUGCUUCCAUAGGUAUCAAGUGAGUUUAUUUUUGGUCAUGAAAACUCAAUAGAGGAUGUCAGUCAGUGUGUGCACAAUCUGAGAGCUCUUGUCCUUGUAUUGCAUAUACACAAACCAGUUCUGCUAAAGGGCUCAAAUGCUACUAAGGCAUGAAAGGGUCAAGAAUGUUUUUAUAGAGUGAACCAAUUGUUCCGGUGGGUUUUUGGGGAGAUGCCAAAGAGUCUGAAAAUAUGUCAUAAGUAAUUUAUCAUUAUAAUGUUCAUCCAAUUGUAUUACUUAUCACAUAGGUGAAGAAUGCAUUAAAACAUUCAUCUAAAAUGUAAUCACUUCUAUCCUACAGAAGCAAAUCUUGUAUUUUAAAAGUCAAAAUAUAAAAAAAACUGCUGGCAGUGUGUGUAUUUUUUUUAAAGCAGACCUAAGCUAAAAGUUCGGUCCUGACCUAAGUGGGUUUAUAUUCUUACUGUUUUUUUGUGAAAAAAGUUUGUACCAUGACAGACUUUACUGAAGAAUCUCAACAAUAUAAUUUGAAAUACUUGAUUGUACUGUCAGAAAGGAGCUGUCAUUUUAAAAAUAUUAGUAUUUACUCUUUGUAGCCUUCUUCAGUCUCUUUGUUUUAAAAUUCAGUGGAUUGGUCUUUCAGAGAGACUUGAUAAUUGGACUCAUGAGAUAUUUGGUAUGUACAGCACGAUGGUAAAAGGUGGAUUCUAUACAUGUGGAUUAUUUGCUCUUCAUGAAUGAAAACAGCAUGCUCACAUGAAAAGCAAAUUUGGCUUCAAUCUGAAAAGUUUGGUGUAAAGAAUUUGGGUCUUAAGUGUUCAUUUCCCAGUAUUUUAAAAGUAAUUUUGAUAUUGAUUAGAAGAGAGCUUGCUAAAGUGAGGGAUGCAGUAGGCUGACACUGUCAGCAGAUACACCAAGCAGUCUGUAAGUUGUCCUUCAAGUAAGCUGUUUAGUGACUAGGCAAUACAGGGAAAUAUAUUGCUCAGAUGUCAGUUUUUCUUGUGUAGUGUGAUAUACUAAAUGGUUUUGUUUGUAC